UACAAUUCCUGUGGUUGAUGUUCAAGAAAUAUUUCAAAUUUGAGGAAGACAUUAAUCAUUCCAAUAUAUGACCCAAAACGACUACACAUUAUGUCCGAAGCAUGGCCGGUCUACGAGACAAGGUGGUUCUCAUCACAGGCGCCAGUGGCGGGAUAGGAGCCGCGGUGGCGGUGCAGCUCGCUAAGCAAGGAUGUCGUCUGGCACUUAAUGGCCGAAACGUGGAUAAACUGGAAGAUACCGCCACAAAAUGCAGGGAAACUGGUUUGAGAAGUGAUAUGAUAUUUCUGGUGCCAGGAGAUAUAUCCCAGGAAGAAAUAGCGUCAGAAAUCCUAGAAAAAACUAUUGAAAAGUUUAAUCAGUUAGACAUUUUGGUCAACAAUGCCGGGGUAGUCUUGAUAGAUACUAUAGAAAACAUGGACAUGGCCAACUUUGACCGGGUAAUGAAUAUCAAUUUCCGUGCGGCUGUGUAUCUUACUCACCUUGCUGUUCCGUAUCUUGUGGCUACUAAAGGAAAUGUAGUGAAUGUUUCGAGCGCAUCCGCCGCAGUGCCAGGAAGCAUGAGACUGACUUAUGGCGUAUCUAAGGCUGCAUUGGAGCAUUUCACAAAGUCUGCAGCCCUGCAUUUGGGUCCCAAGCAGGUGCGUGUCAACUGCAUCAGUCCCGGCUACGUGGACACAGACAUCCUACCUAACGCAGGGGUCGACCCGGAGACCAUUAAAGCAUUUACAGGGCAGCUAAAGGACGCUCAUCCCAUAGGAAGAUACGGCCAGCCAGAUGAUAUAAGCGACAUGAUAGUCGCCGUUGCCUCAGACAGCGCGAGGUUUAUGACGGGGGCCGUUGUGGCGGUAGACGGCGGAAUGCAAUUAAGUGCUGCAUUUUAAAGAAGGGAGGUGAAAUUUUACAAACUGAUAUGCACCAUAUACGAGAGUACAGGUCAUUUUCAAAAUAAUAACGGAAUGCAUCUUACGCGAUGCGGUUCUCUUGUAAGUUUAACAAGUUUACUUUCAAAAGGUCUGGA